AUGGCUUCGAAAGGACCGGCCGAGAGUUUAACCGAGGAGGUAAUUUGUCCCAUCUGCCUGGAUUUCUUCAUCGAUCCGGUUACACUGGAGUGUGGACACAACUUCUGUCGUUCUUGUAUCACACGGUGUUGCGAAAGGGAAGAGAGAAACUCCUGCCCGGAAUGUAGAGAGGUGUUUGCCGACCACACCCUCAGGGUCAAUCGGGCCUUAGCAAAUCUGGCUGAAAAAUUUCGAAAACUAAACCUGAAUCCGAAAGACAAGGAAAGUAAACUUCACUGCGAGGAACAUGAGGAAGAACUGAAGCUGUUUUGUGAAACGGACAAGACGCUGAUCUGUCUGAUCUGUAGAGAUGCGCAGGAACACAGAGAGCACCGCUUCAUGCCGAUUAAAGAAGCUGUUAAAAUCUACAUGGAUCAGCUGAAAUCUUCCUUAGACUCUCUCACAAAAAAGAAAUCAGACUUCCAGGAAAAGGAGCAGCAACAGAAAGAGAAGAUUUCCGGAGUUCGGGAACAGUCACACAGCGUUCAGACCCACAUCACAUCCCAGUUUGCUGAACUGCGGCAGAUUAUCACUGAGAAAGAGCAGAGUUUACUCAGGGAUCUCAGGGAGGAAGAGAAGAGGAUUCUCAAUCCAAUGAAGAAAAAUCUUCGAGAGAUUCAAGAGAAUAUAAGGUUUAUUCAGAAGGAAAUUUCAAAGUUAAACGAACAGAUGGAUCAAAAAAACGGUGUGAUAUUUCUCAAGGAGGAAGCUCGUCGGAACAAAAGGAUUAAUGACGAUGUCCAGGAAUUGUCAGUGACAGAUGGAAAACUACUUGUUGAAAAAUUCUAUCACCCCUAUUUGUUGAACACCGUGCUGACAGAAACACUUGAUUGCAUUAAUCGAGUCUCUCUCACCCUGGAUGCUGAAACGGCGAAUCCGUGGCUCGAGGUGUCUGAGGAUCGGAAGAGUGUGAGAUUCACCGGGACCCGGAGGGAUCUCCCUGACACCGGGAAGAGAUUCACAUUCUGGGCUUGUGGGCUGGCAUCGGCGGGAUUCACAUCGGGGAGACAUUACUGGGAGGUGGAUGUGGUGGGGAAUCGGGGCUGGGGUCUGGGAGUUGCCGCAGAGUCUGUGGAGAGGAAGGGAGGAGUCAGACUGAGUCCGGAGACCGGAUUCUGGGUCAUCGGGUGGUUUUAUGAUGUGAUGAAGGUUCUCACCUCCCCCGAGUCCCGUCUUCCUGCCGGUCCCAUCCCCGGGAGGGUGGGAGUUUAUCUCAGUUACCAGUCCGGGACAGUUUCGUUUUACAACGCAGAGACCAAGUCCCAUCUCCACACCUUCACUGGGAAUAAAUUCACGGGGAAACUUUAUCCUUUCUUCAUGACUUGGGAUGGAAACCAGUGGCUGAGAAUCUACUCCGGUUCCGCUCCGGGUGUGUAA